CACCAGCCGCCAGCACCAGUCGCCAGCCGCCAGAGGCCGACCGCCGACCCCCAGCCGUCAGCCGCCAGCUUCCACCACUCGCAGCCAGCCGCCGACCACCAGCCGCCAGCGGCAGUCGGCCGCCAGCGGCCAGUCGCCUUUCGGCCGCCAGCCCCGUGUAACACGAACUGCUUUGUCAGAGACGGCGGGCAUCGGCUGUUGCUGGCGGUCGCGUUCGUAACUGAGACGAACUUCGCAAACAUCAUCCUGGUGUGGAGAAGAAAACUCGGGCAGGGACGUUGAACAAAGAAGAUUGUGUAACAGCACGGCGUGGUCCAUCGGAUACGGCCAAAAAUGCGGUGGAAGUGCUGCCUGCGUCAGCAGAGCACGCAUCUUCUCCUGCAGUGUUCUGUUCAUCCUUUCUGCUACCCCCAUCUGUUGGUGUGCAUGCGGCAGAGACUGCUUCCGUUUGAUGCCGAGUGUCUGAAGGUAGUCUGUGAAAGUGUUGCUGGUGUACUCCCCUGCACCAUCACUCUGAAAUUCUUGCAGUUUCGCGCCAGACUCCCGUUCAGCGACAGCGAGCCAUGCGACGAAAACGGAGUGAGCAAGAUGGCGCGCAGGUAAGUUAGCUGUCCAGUUAUAUCGUGUAGACGCUUCGAUGAAUGUUAUCACAUACUUCUCGUCUUUAGGGCCUGCUUCAGACAAGUUGAGUAUGUCGCUGUAGACUUUCUGCAUCAGUUGAUAACGGGUUGAGCCGGGAAAAUGACUUGGAAACGGAUCGUGCGUAAGGUUGGCAACUGGACAAGUGGUGCAAACCGUCGGACGAGACUGCGCCUUCAUCACCGUGCCAUCAGGUAAAAGUAAACUAUUUUUAUCAAGAACUGCUGCUCGGAUUGAAUGAUUAAGAAUCCCUUGUGAUGGAUGUCCUAGCCGCUGAUGCCAUAUAUCUUUCGUGGCUUUGUGUCCUGAUGAUCGCAGGUAAAAAUCGGAGUUAGUAUAAAAGGAAGAAAGAAUGAAAGGAGAAAGGGCUGGUGACUUGUCAAUUUCUCCUUCGACGAAACGGUGAAGAGGUGUUUCGGCGAAAGCUACAGUUGGACUCGGCUGCUCAGCUACGGCUUCCUGUUCGGCUUCUUCAACAAAGUCAGGUUCAUCAGUGGCAAGACCACUGAUUUCUCCCCAAAUUGGUGCUGGAGUUCCUUGGAAGGUUGCACGGGUAUUAUAAAACGUUCACCACGCGGUGGCGCUUUCAUCGGCGGUAUUGAACUCCCAGGUAUCCAACGUGGUAAGUACGGCGGCUGCUGUUCGAGAAGCUGUUGGUACUGAAGUUGCGCGAAAAUCAAUGUCCACAUGUUGAUAAUCGGUUUCUUCUGGGUGAUCCCAAGGACCAAGUGCAAGGACACGUUCAGAAUCGCCAGAAGUUCCCUGUGCUGCGAACUGAAGUACCGACACGCCAUGUUGAGUGGCGGCACGACCAAGGUAGGUAUUAGUUAUACUGUGCCAGAGCUCUUGAUCCAUCGUCUCACAAUUUCCUUGUGUAUGGAUUUUGUGUGCCAGGAGUUGAGCUGUGGAAAGAAGGUUGAAGCCAAGUCCGGCGACGAUAAGAACAUUCGUAACAUGAAGUAUCGGACGACAAAGUGGACGCUGAUUAGUGAUAAAGCUUGUUUCGGCAGAUUACAUAUGCCAUUCGCAGCAGCUGUCGAGAUACCAGAUGCGAAGACCGGCGGACGAUGCUGCGACGUCGAUUGAUUCGGUGGCCGUUUCGGUAUCUGCUGCUGCUGAGACGUUAACUGCUGCUGUGGUAGUUGUGUCUUCGGUAACUGCUGCGAUCGUUCAUACGGCUGCGAAGUAUUGCGACGAUUUUGAUGACGGCUGCGACAGUUUUGAUAAGUCAAGAUCUUGCUGCUCUGCUUGAAGAUAAGAAGAGAUUUCAGCUUCGGAGAGGUUGGUCAUGCGCAGGAAGGCGCGCGUCUGUCGCCAUUCGGGUCCAAGGCCAGCCAGAAGGACUGUGAGAUACAUCUCACGAGGGAAGUAUCCCCUGCUCUUCUCCAGUUGGUCACGUAGUGUACGGCCGCGGUUAACGUAGUCCAUGACAUUUUCAUUUGUCAUCAUCUGCACACUUGUCAACUGCGAAAGUAUUUUACUCACUGUUAUUGUAUCCUUUGCCAUGUAUACCCCCUUCAGAUGGUUCCAUGCGGUUUCGGCUGGUGUAAAACAUGAGUGAAACGAUCGAACGCCGAGCUGCUCCUUCGGCGACAAGUUCCGUACAAGAACUGUAUACGCCCCGAGAGAGGCGUGCAAGAAACUCUGCUGCUCCAGUUGCGUUCCCGUAACAGGAUAGGUGAAUUCUACGGUGAAGAACGGCCAAAGCCCAGCGGACUGCGCUAGAAGCUCAAACUCAAAGCUCCAGGAGUAGAAGUCGACUCCGUUAAAAGGGGGACGACCGAAGAUGUAGAAAGGAUGCUGAAACUGCUGUGACUGCGGUUGUUGUACGAAAGGUGCAGUCGAUGGAGCACCUGGAGUAUUCACAGAAGGCGGAUUCUGCUAUUGCAUACCGAUAUUAGCGUAGGCUGGUGGAAAGUGCCCAGAGGCUGAGAGACCAGCGGCCGUAGUGGAGGCAUGUGCUCCAGUAGUCCCAGUAACUGAUCCAGCAGAUGGUGCUGGUGUUGAACCAGUCAUGAUUGACGGUAGUCUUAAUUCCAGAUAGCUCUCAUACCAUGCUCGCCCGCCCGCCUGCUCGCCAGCUCCCACGCUCGCCUGCUCACCGGCUCGCCCGCCCGCCUGCUCGCCUGCUCGCCAGCCCGCCAGCCCGCCUGCUCGCCGGCCCGCCAGCCAGCCUACUCGCCAGCUCGCACCACGAUCUAGUCACUGGUCUCCCUGUGUCACUCCCAGCCUUGUCUGCGUUGGUCACCCCACUGUGCACCUCCUGCGUUGAAGGCCGGCAGCGUGCCGCCCCUCACUCCUUGUUUUCUCCUACCACAGCCCCGCUACAGACACUGUACAUGGACGUCUGGGGCCCUGCCCCGGUCCAUGGUCUUAGUCGGGAGCGUUACCUCCUAGCCAUCGUUGACGACUUCUUGUUCCCCUAUCCGCUCGCACGUUCCCCCUCCGAUGCGUGACCCUAUUUAAAACUCGCUGUUCCCUUCUCCGGAAUCCUCUCCGGCUCAUUUUCCCACCGCGCUCCCCUCCGUCCCCUGACUUGUCCCCCAUUCCCCCUCGUCCCCGGUCAACAAUUCUUCCCCACAAGGUCCGUCGCCCCUCUUGUGCUCGUCCUGUCUCUCCCCGUCGUAACGUCCACCCUAUGGUCCUCCGUUCUCGUGCUCCUCUAUUCCCUGUGCUUCCAUUACCUCC